ACCUGUAAUUAUUUCAUUGACAUGAUUUCAUUAAUUCAUAUCAGGUUGUUAAUAUAGAGACUAUUCAGCUACUGACCUAUUGAUUGAGGACGCACAGAUCCAGACCUCUAGGCAACUCACUUUUAGCCUACGGAAAACACAAUCAAUUCUACUUACUCGAGAGCAAUUUUAAGUGGAGGAGGGGUGGAUUGGGAUGACGCACAGUAGAAAGAUGUGGAAAUAACGGUUGAGUCAUUUGAGACCUGGUUGCAAUGGGCGGUGAGCUGGGUGGAAGGUUUUUUCGUGCUAUGACUGUAGUAGACUAGCCUUAAAGUCAGGACAAGGAAGGUUACCAUUGUAAACUACCAUUCGAUUGGAGAUCCUGAGAGAGAACAAAGGAUUUUGCAGUCACAAAACUAACGGAAAGAUCCCUCUGCCACAGAUGCACCAAGAACAGUAGGCCUACAGUAUUCCACAGAAACACCUACAUCUCUGGCCAAUUCAGUCCUUCACUUCAGUCUAACCCGUCCUAGUUGUCAAGCAUCAUCCAUAUCCCAUCAUGCCGAUAGUGGUGGUGCACUCCAACCCCCUGUUCUGGGUGCGUUUGUGUGCUCUGGUCUUCUCCUGUGUGGCCUUUGCUGUGACCGUCCAUGGGGCCAACCUCUUACACGGUACAGGGGACUGGUGUGUGUUCUGCUGGUCCUUCAGCUUCGCUGGGACCCUGCUGGUGCUGCUAGUAGAGCUGUUUGGCCUGCAGACCCGUGCCCCCGUCUCCUGGAAGAACUUCCCCAUCACCUUCGCCUGCUAUGCCUCCCUGCUCUGCCUCUCCGCCUCCAUCAUCUUCCCCCUCUACUUCCUCAAGGGCCAGACCUCCCACAGCAAGAUGCAAGACUACCGCAUCGUGGCCACCGUCUUCUCCUGCCUGGCCACCAUCGCUUACAUGAGUGAGGUGAGCAUCAGCAAAGCCCGAGACCAAUUGUGCUGCUCAAUUUGUCUGGAGUUACUGAAGGAGCCAGUAGCUAUCCCCUGUGGACACCGCUACUGUAUGGGCUGUAUCAGGGGCUGCUGGGGUGAAGAUGACUCCUCUAACAUCUUCAGCUGUCCUCAGUGCAGACAGACCUUCACUCCAAGACCAAUUCUGAAGAGAAACACAAUUUUGGCACAGAUGGUGGAGAAACUGAAGUCAGGAGGACUCCAAGCUGCACCCUCUGGUCAACGCUGCCGGUAUGCUGAAGCUGGAGAUGUGGCGUGUGAUAUCUGCCUCGGUGGUCAGAUCAAAGCCAUCAGAUCCUGUUUGGUGUGUCUGGCCUCUUACUGUGCAGCGCACCUCCACACUCACAACGAAUCUCCUGCCCUUAAGAAGCAUACCCUGGUUGAAGCCACCAUGCCGCUGCAGGGGCGGAUCUGCUCUCAUCAUGAUAGACUACUGGAGAUCUACUGUCGUACUGAUCAGCAGUGUGUCUGUCUGCUGUGUGUGAUGGAUGAACACAGGAGCCAUGCUACCGUCUCAGCUGCAGAAGAAAGCACUAAGAAACAGAGGCAGCUGGGGAAGACGAGGAAGAAAUCCAAACUGAGAAUCCAAGCCAAAGAAAAGGAACUGCUGGAUCUGAGACAGGCUCUGGAAUCACUCAAGCACUCUGCACAGACAGCAGUGGAGGACAGCAAGAGGAUCUUUACUGAGCUAAUCCGUUCUAUAGACAGAAGGUGCUGUGAGGUAAGAGAGCUGAUCAGAGCCCAGGAGAAGACUGCAGUGAGUCAGACUGAAGGGCUCAUAGAGAGACUGGUGCAGGAGGUGGCUGAGCUGAGGAAGAAAGACUGUGAGCUGGAGCAGCUUUCACACACAGAGGAUCACAUCUAUUUUCUACAGAACUGCCAGUCAAUCUCUAAAUCGACUGAACUCACAGACACACUCAGAAUCACAGUGGUUCCUCUAGUGGAUUUUGGUCAAGUUCGAGCCUCAGUAUCAGCACUCCAGAAGAGAUUGGAAGACCUGUUCAAAGGGGAAUGGCCUAAAAUAUCCAGGGCAGCGGGCACAGUGAAACUCCUGCAGUGUCCAGAGCCCUCGAUCAGACCAGAGUUCUUAUACUAUUCCUGUCAGCUCACACUGGACCCGCGGACAGCCCACAGGGACCUGAGUGUGUCUGAGGAGAACAGGGCGGUGACAGUGAGGGCCAGGGACCACUCCUGCCCUGAGCACCCAGAGAGGUUUGAUCACUGGAGCCAGGUUCUGUGUACUGAGGCCCUGUCGGGGCGCUGCUACUGGGAAGCCGAGUGGAGCGGGAGUGGCAUCAACAUGGCUGUGGCGUACAAAGAGAUGAUCAGGAGAGGAGAGGGCAACGACUCCCACUUUGGACGCAAUGACAAGUCCUGGAGUUUGUUCUGUUCCAGAAAAGGUUGUACCAUCUGGCACAAUAACGUGGCCACUAGAAUCCCCACCCCAACCUCCUCUAGGAUAGGAGUGUACCUGGAUCACAGGGCAGGAAGUCUGUGUUUCUACAGCGUCUCUGACACAAUGACCCUGCUCCAUAGAGUCCAAACCACAUUUACUCAGCCCCUCUAUCCUGGCUUUGAGUUUAUGUGUUUUGGAGUCUCCGUUAAAUUGUGCCAGAUGGAAUGAAAGCGAAACAACAGCUGAGAGCAAGGCAGUAGCAAGUGUGAAAAUGUGUUUCAUGGUGAA